GAAGAAGCGUGGUUGUGGAUCUUGACAUAGCUGAAUACAUCACAUCUUAUCUUUUCAGAGAACAGCAGUGUCAGUCAUAUCGUCAUGUUAGAGGCAAAUAUUGCACCUGGACAAUUUGACGACGCAGAUGAAUCGGACAGCGAGAAGUAUGUCUCCGUUCCACCGAGUGGAGGAAUGCUGGACGUACCAGCGUUAGCGACGAAAUUCAGCGGAGUUCAUUUGAAAGCACCAUCUGAGGACAAAAAUGAAGAGGAGGAGGAGGAAGAUGAAGACGACUGGGAUUGGCGUGAAACGGGAGGACACUUAACCAAACGCUACACAGCCCUGAAAACAGGGAAUAACCUGCAGGCAAAUAGACAACAUCCCAGUAAUAAAUCGCAGAUUUCGACCCCCACCGACAAGGCAUUGAGAAAAUUUGAGAAUAAAAUUCACUUGGAUAAGCUGAACUACGCUGACUCGGUGAUCAACAAAGUGACAGUGAUGCAGAGACAGAGGGAGGCAGACACGUACCGAGUGAAAGACAAAUCGGAUAGGGCUACCGUUGAACAGGUUUUGGAUCCAAGGACCCGAAUGAUACUCUUCAAGAUGCUAACCAGGGGAGUCAUCUCCGAGAUCAAUGGUUGCAUCAGUACAGGCAAGGAGGCAAAUGUUUACCAUGCGACCACCUCUGCAGGAGAGAGCAGAGCAAUCAAAAUCUACAAGACUUCCAUCCUGCUGUUCAAGGAUCGGGACAAGUAUGUGAGUGGGGAGUUCAGGUUCCGUCAUGGCUACUGCAAAGGAAACCCAAGGAAGAUGGUGCGAACCUGGGCCGAGAAGGAAAUGAGAAACCUGAUCAGGCUGCAGAUGGCUGGAAUCCCCAGCCCAGAGCCUAUCAUGCUGCGCAGCCACGUCCUGGUCAUGAGCUUCAUCGGCAAGAACAACACGCCUGCCCCCCUGCUGAAGAACGCCCUUCUUUCGGAGUCGAAAGCACGGGAGCUGUACCUGCAAGUUAUUCAGAACAUGAGGAGGAUGUACCAGGAGGCACGGCUGGUCCACGCAGACCUCAGCGAGUUCAACAUGCUAUACCAAAGUGGGGAUGCCUACAUCAUUGAUGUCUCCCAGUCUGUGGAGCACGACCACCCCCAUGCCCUGGAGUUCCUGCGCAAGGACUGCAGCAACGUUAAUGACUUCUUCGUGAAGCAUGAGGUGGCCGUGAUGACAGUCCGGGAACUGUUUGAGUUUGUCACUGACUCCUCCAUCACCAGUGACAACAUCGACCACUACCUGGAAAAGGCAAUGAAGAUUGCUGCUAACAGGACAGCUGAAGAGAGGUCAAAUCAGGACAAAGUGGAUGAAGAAGUGUUCAAGAAGGCCUACAUCCCUCGCACCCUAACAGAGGUGACUCACUAUGAGCGAGACAUGGAUGAUAUGAUGAAGAUGAAGGAGGAGGAGUCCUCGCUCAGUGUGCAGAAUGACAACAUCCUGUACCAGACAGUGACAGGGCUGAAGAAGGACUUAUCUGGGGUGCAGAUGGUGCCAGCCCUGUUGGAGGACUGCGAGGAGGCAGGAAACUCAGGUUUGGAGGAAGACAGGAGCGAGGCAUCAUCAGCAGAGGAACAGUCUCCCACUGGGCACCAGGGGGAGGGGCCACCAGUUGACAAGAAGGAACGUAAGAAAAUGGCAAAGGAUGCCCAGAGAGAAAAGAGGAAGAACAAGGUCCCAAAACAUGUGAAGAAGCGGAAGGAGAAGGUGGCUAAGAUGAAGAAAGGAAGAUAAGGGUGGGAGAGCAGGACACAUGCGGCUGAGUCUUAAUGCUGCUUUGACAUACACUCCCCUAGCCAGACUGACAGUUAGCUUGUUAGCUGUGCUGAUGUAUGAACUGUAGUAAAUAUGAAUGCAGAAGCUAAGGACUUCAGCUCGUACCUAAUGUUUAGCAGUACCUAAUGUAAGUGUGUGCAGUGCAGCCUGAUGAGUGUGUAGCAGAGAAGCCUGUCUGGGGUAAUGGCAUGGGUGUCCCCGAAGAUGGGCCAUGUGCUGGCUGAAGCUGGGGGUGUUUACAGCAGUCAACAGCAGGUGUUUAGCAGUCACUGUCUGGGAGCUGUUGUCUCCCAGAUAUUCAUUCAUCACACCCAAGGUAUGCAACAAACAGGAUUUAGUUCUGUUAAAAAAGGCUGUUGUUUGUGUUACUGCUAAACAAAA